ACCAAUGUCGGUAAAACCCCACUCACUUCACUCUCUCCACUCCCCCCCAAUGGCUUCCUCUGUUCUCUCUCUCCUUUUCUUCUUUCUCUCUUCUCCGUUCUUCAUCUCCUUUACCGCCGCGAAGACCUUCAUUUUCCGCGUCGAUGGCGGAUCCAUGCCGUCCGUUUUCCCGACGCACUACCACUGGUACAGUUCCGAGUUCGCCCAAGAAUCCAGCAUCCUCCACGUGUACCACACCGUCUUCCACGGCUUCUCCGCCGUGGUCACUCCCGACGAAGCCGAUAACCUCCGCAACCACCCGGCUGUUCUCGCCGUCUUCGAGGACCGCCGCCGCGAGCUCCACACCACGCGCUCUCCUCAGUUCCUCGGUCUAGAGAACCAGAAGGGGCUCUGGUCCGACUCCGACUACGGCUCGGACGUAAUCAUCGGCGUUCUAGACACCGGAAUCUGGCCGGAACGGAGGAGUUUCUCGGAUCUCAACCUCGGUCCCGUCCCCAAGCGUUGGAGAGGCGUUUGCCAGUCCGGAGCCAGGUUCGGGCCGAGGAACUGUAACCGUAAAAUCGUUGGAGCGAGAUUCUUCGCCAAGGGACAGCAAGCGGCGGUUAUCGGAGGAAUUAACAAAACGGUUGAGUUUUUAUCUCCACGUGACGCUGAUGGACACGGGACCCACACAGCCUCAACCGCCGCUGGACGUCACGCCUUCAAGGCCAGCAUGUCCGGAUACGCCUCCGGUAUAGCUAAAGGCGUGGCUCCUAAAGCUCGCAUCGCUGCCUACAAAGUCUGUUGGAAAGAUUCCGGAUGCCUCGACUCCGAUAUCCUCGCCGCUUUCGACGCCGCGGUUGCUGACGGCGUUGAUGUUAUCUCGAUUUCGAUCGGCGGCGGAGACGGGAUCACCUCGCCGUAUUACCUCGAUCCGAUCGCGAUUGGCUCGUACGGCGCCGCGUCCAGAGGGAUCUUCGUCUCUUCCUCCGCGGGAAACGAGGGACCUAACGGCAUGUCGGUUACGAACCUCGCGCCGUGGGUGACCACCGUCGGCGCGGGAACGAUCGAUCGGAAUUUCCCGGCGGAUGCGAUUCUCGGCGACGGACACCGUCUCGGCGGCGUGUCUCUCUACGCCGGAGUUCCUCUCAGAGGACGGAUGUUUCCGGUGGUUUACCCCGGGAACGCCGGGAUGUCGUCGGCGUCGUUGUGCAUGGAGAAUUCGCUCGAUCCGAAGCAUGUGAGGGGUAAGAUUGUAAUCUGCGAUAGAGGGAGCAGUCCUCGUGUGGCGAAAGGACUUGUGGUGAAGAAAGCGGGAGGCGUCGGGAUGAUUCUCGCUAACGGCGCAUCUAACGGUGAAGGUUUGGUCGGUGAUGCUCAUCUCAUCCCCGCGUGCGCCGUUGGAUCAAACGAAGGGGAUAGGAUCAAAGCCUACGCUUCGUCCCAUCCGAAUCCGGUUGCUUCGAUCGAUUUCAGAGGGACGAUAACCGGAAUCAAACCGGCUCCGGUUAUUGCUUCUUUCUCCGGGAGAGGACCGAACGGAUUAAACCCGGAGAUUCUAAAACCGGAUUUGAUCGCCCCGGGGGUUAACAUCCUCGCCGCUUGGACAGACGCUGUGGGACCUACGGGGUUACCUUCUGAUCCACGCAAAACGGAGUUCAACAUCCUCUCCGGUACAUCGAUGGCGUGUCCUCACGUCAGUGGAGCGGCGGCGCUGCUUAAAUCCGCCCAUCCUAAUUGGAGCCCCGCCGCGAUAAGAUCCGCGAUGAUGACCACGACAAACCUCGUCGAUAACUCUAACCGCUCGUUGAUCGACGAAUCUACAGGGAAAUCGGGUACGCCUUACGAUUUCGGGUCGGGUCAUCUCAAUUUGGGCCGGGCUAUGGAUCCUGGUCUCGUCUACGAUAUCACCAACGACGAUUACAUCACGUUUCUCUGCUCGAUCGGUUACGGUCCAAAGACGAUUCAGGUAAUCACGAGGACGCCGGUGAGAUGUCCGACGAAGAGAAAACCGUCGCCGGGGAAUCUGAAUUACCCGUCGAUCACGGCGAUGUUCCCUACUUCGAGGAGAGGGACGCUGAGCAAGACUAUUAUACGGACUGCGACGAAUGUGGGGCAACCCGAGGCGGUUUACCGGGCGAGGAUAGAGUCGCCGAGAGGAGUGACGAUAACGGUGAAGCCGCCGAGGCUAGUGUUUAGUUCGGCCGUUAAGAGACGGAGCUAUGCGGUGACGGUGACGGUGGAUACGAGGAACGUGGUGUUGGGAGAAACAGGUGCUGCGUUUGGGUCCGUCACGUGGUUUGAUGGUGGGAAACACGUGGUUCGGAGCCCCGUCGUGGUGACCCAAUUAGAUGUGUUGUAAAAAAAAUCCGGGUCGGGUUUUUUGGAUGAUCAUGCGGUCAUGAUCGUAUAAACCCAUAUGAGGUGUAGCAAUAACUGCAGAACUAUUUUAAGUUAGUGGGCUUUUUCUUAUUUUAAUGUUUUGUGUUUCGUUUCUUUUUCUUUCUGAAUGAGACUUUUAUCUUCUUUUC